GGCUGUCAGCGGCUCACUAGUCCAUCUGUGCCCGCGCUCAGCUAGCCCAGGAGCCGCCAGCGCGCCAGGCCACUGCGGGGAACAUGGCGACGGACAAGAGCAAGCAUGAGGGAAGAGUCAAAAUCGGACACUACAUCCUCGGGGACACGCUCGGAGAGGGCACGUUCGGGAAGGUGAAAGUGGGCCAGCAUGAGCUGACCAAGCACCAGGUCGCCGUGAAGAUCCUGAACCGGCAGAAGAUCCGUACUUUGGACGUGGUGGGAAAGAUCCGGCGGGAAAUCCAGAACCUCAAGCUUUUCAGGCACCCUCACAUAAUUAAACUGUAUCAGGUUAUCAGCACCCCAACAGACAUCUUCAUGGUGAUGGAGUAUGUCUCUGGAGGAGAGCUCUUUGACUACAUCUGCAAAAACGGGAAGUUGGACGAAAAGGAGAGCCGCCGACUGUUCCAGCAGAUUAUUUCAGCGGUGGAUUACUGCCACCGGCACAUGGUGGUGCACCGGGACCUCAAACCUGAAAAUGUCCUGCUUGACGCACACAUGAAUGCUAAGAUAGCCGACUUUGGUUUAUCAAACAUGAUGUCUGAUGGAGAGUUCCUACGGACAAGCUGUGGUUCUCCCAACUACGCGGCCCCUGAGGUCAUCUCAGGACGGUUAUAUGCCGGCCCAGAGGUGGACAUAUGGAGCAGUGGGGUCAUCCUCUAUGCCUUGUUGUGCGGGACUCUUCCCUUCGACGACGACCACGUGCCAACGCUCUUUAAGAAGAUCUGCGACGGCAUCUUCUUCACGCCGCAGUAUCUGAACCCUGCCGUCAUCAGCCUCUUGAAGCACAUGCUGCAGGUGGACCCCAUGAAGAGAGCCACCAUCAAAGAGAUCAGAGAGGACGAGUGGUUCAAACAGGACCUGCCCAAGUACUUGUUCCCCGAGGACCCGUCCUACAGCAACAACAUGAUCGACGACGAGGCCUUGAAGGAGGUCUGUGAGAAGUUCGAGUGCACCGAGGAAGAGGUGCUAGCCUGCAUCUACAGUCGCAACCACCAGGACCCCCUGGCCGUGGCCUACCACCUCAUCAUCGACAAUCGCCGCAUCAUGAGCGAGGCUAAGGAUUUCUACCUGGCCUCCAGCCCCCCCGACUCCUUCCUGGACGACCAGCACCUGACGUCGUCCGGUGCGUCAGUGUCCUCUGUGGUCAAGCCCCACCCGGAGCGCGUGCCCUUCCUGGUGGCCGAGACGCCGCCGCGGCCCCGCCACACACUGGACGAGCUGAACCCCCAGAAGUCCAAGCACCAGGGUGUGCGGCGGGCCAAGUGGCACCUUGGCAUCCGCAGCCAGAGCCGACCCAACGACAUCAUGACGGAGGUGUGUCGUGCCAUGAAGCAGCUGGACUACGAGUGGAAGGUGGUGAAUCCCUAUUAUUUACGCGUCAGAAGGAAAAAUCCUGUGACGAGCAUGCAAACCAAGAUGAGCCUUCAACUCUACCAGGUGGACAGCCGAACCUACCUCCUCGACUUCCGUAGCAUAGACGAUGACAUGUUGGAAACUAAAUCCGGAACGGCGACCCCGCUGCGCUCUGGCUCGGUGGGCAAUUAUCGCACCGCCGUCAAGAACGACGUAGAGGGGGGCGAGUCGAGUGCCGCCCCGCUUCCACCACCCAAGGCCGCCGCCGAGGGCUCGUUAGCUUCGUCGCUGACCUCAUCCAUCGACUCAACGGGAGGUGCCGAUGUCCCGUCUGUGCCUCGACCGGGGAGCCACACGAUCGAGUUCUUUGAGAUGUGCGCUAACCUGAUCAAGCUGCUCGCACGAUAGCUCGCAACACAAUCGCUAUAGCCUUGUUUGCUCUCCCGAGUGUCUUUAUAGCAAUAAGCAUGCAAUUCACGGCUCGGCUCAUCCCAGCUGAGGACGGUCCGACGGCGCUGAUGCAGGCUUCCCAAAAGCUGAAGGGAUGCGCGCUGUGCUGGCAGGGAAUGUGAGGGAUUAGCGAGGGACGACAAAAAGGUUGAGCUGAGAGCUGACAGCAUUUAGGAGAGCGUUUUGCAGCUUCCCGAUCAAUUUAACAGCCCACCUUUUAAAAAGUGAUUACACUGAAUUUCCUGUACUGUAGCGCAUGAGCACUGCUUCAAGUACUAAAGAGAGCGCAAGGUUGUUUUUUUUCCCCCCCAUUUCCUGCAGAGAAGGAAGCCACAGCAGGCAUCGUGCUUUCAGGUGGCGGUCGUAUAAGACGCAGGAAGAAGCACUUUUGCACAACUUUCUUUAGUUCCUGCUGCUCUCGGUGGGGAUCAGGAUAGCGGCGCGGAUGUUUUGUGGCGCCGUCAUGGCCGCCACAUUCAUUACUGAACUGUAAGGAAGUGCAAUGAACCCGACCCCCACCCUCCCUAAUGUUUGUGUCUUUAGUCAGGGACGGCCUCAUCAUCACCCCACUUUCUCAUGUUUCUGUCCGUGUCACUGAAGAGUUCAAUUU